AUCUGGUUGACCGUCGCGUUUCUGCCAAAGAUUGCGGAACUUCACCGCUUUUCUCAUGCUCAAUGAAAAGUUAGGAGCUUCACUCACCAGUUCUUGAAACUUCAAUUUCUAAGCCGGUCAAAAGAAAAAACACAGUGCCCAGCAAAAUGGAUUUUAACUCAUGGAACAUCUUCUGGGGUAUAUGUUUUGGUGUAUUGACGACUUUGAUCAUUGCUGGAAAUGUUCUCACCAUCUGGAUAUUCUUCAAACAGAGACGCCAAAAACGCUCUUACUCACUUCUCAUAAGCUUAGCUGUUGCCGAUUUCCUGGUGGGAAUUUUCGCUGUCCCUUUUUUUAUGAUAGAAAGUGAUGCAUCACAGCGACAUACAUGGCACCCUAUUUCCAACGGUGCUGACGUUUUCACUGGCAUAACUUCCAUCUACACUCUUGCGGUCAUUUCCAUGGAAAGAAUGUUCGCUGUCGGUUGGCCUCUUCGUCACAGAACUCUGAACUAUCGUGUUUACGUCUGCGCUAUCAGCAUACCGUGGAUCAUAGCGGCAAUAUUUACUACUUCAGUGGUGUUACGGAAGCUUGAUAUAAUAGGGAGGGAGAAUCAAUUGUAUUAUGAUGUUUUAAUUUCUGGAAUCCCUCUGAUAACUAUAUGUGUAGCAAACUUUGUUGUUUGGAAGAAGCAGAAAUCGUCAUUUCGCAAGCAGAAUCAUAUCAAAAGAGAAGUGAAAUUAGCGAAGACACUAGCUCUCAUAACAGGAACAACACUUUUUACCUGGCUUCCUUUUCAAAUUAUAAAUAUUUUGUAUGACUUGAAAGUCAUGGAAAAUUUUCACCUUUUAGGAUUAACAAUAUUUGUUAUCAAAAUUUUACAGUUUGGCAAUUCAUUUGUGAACGUGAUAAUUUAUCAGUUCAGAAUCCCAGAAUUUAAGCGCAUGUUAUUCCAGAUACUUAAUUCCCUUUAGAAGAUCCAGCACUGAGAUAUCUCCAUCAGCCGGGACCGGAUCAGUUGUGUCCUUGAUAACGUUUACAAAUUUGACAUUUUCACUACCAAACGUUCACCAGGAAAGUUCGCUUAGGGUCUUAAACCGCUUAGACACAUAGACAUUGCUACAGUGGAUGUGGAAUAUAAAAAAGAGUAUACUUUUAUACUUGUUAGACCCAUUGCGCUUGCGCACUGUAUAAGACGAAUCUGAACAAG